AUGUCCAUCUUCAACUGCACAAACACUCUCAUCGGCGUCGGGAUCCUUGCGCUGCCUUUAGGACUUCAGCAAUGCGGCUGGGUUGUUGGCCUGGUUCUUCUCACAUUACCUGCAGUGGUGACCGCUUACACUGCCAAACUUCUCGUCAAAUGUCUUGACAGGGAUCCCACAGCCGUCACUUAUGGCGAUAUUGCACAUAUGGCAUUUGGCAGCAUCGGGCGGCAUUUCGUGGAAGUGCUGUUUGUUUUCGAGCUCAUCGCGGCUAAUGUCGCGCUGGUUAUUCUCUUUGCAGACAGUGUUGGGUCACUUGCUCCAAUGCUGAGUGUGACGACAUGGAAAAUCAUCAUUGCAACCAGCCUCAUCCCGCUGAAUUUCGCCCCUUUGCGGAUAUUGAGCGUCAGCAGUGCCAUCGGCAUUUUUUGUGUGGUUGGAAUCCUCGCUCUCCUUGUCUCGACCGGCCUGACAAAACCUGAUGCACCGGGUUCCCUUCUCCACCUCGCACACACUCGAGCUCUUCCUACCAGUUGGAAAGCUAUUCCGGCAACACUGGGCUUGUUUAUGGCUCCCUGGGGUGGCCACAGCAUUUUUCCCGCCGUCUACAAAGACAUGCGACAUCCGCAAAAGUACUCCAAGGCGCUUGCGUACACCUACAGCAUCACUUACUCCCUUGCCCUCUCGAUAGCUGCAGUUGGAUACGUGAUGUUCGGCGACGGCGUUCUUACUGAAAUCACGUCAAACAUUCUGGAACUCGACGCUUAUCCGCGUAUUGUUUCGGUUCUCACACUGGCGCUCGUCGCGGUGGUCCCUGUUACAAAGAUCGCCUUGAUCAACAGGCCGCUCAUGGACACCGUCAACAGAAAGCUGGACGUGUCUCUUCUCCACCGAGAAAAGGCGCAAGAGUCAGCAGACCGAAAGCAUGGAAUCGUCCGCUUUGUUGUCGGCGCCUCGUGCAAUGUACUGGAACUCAUGUUGGCAAUCAUGGUCCCUAACUUUGACGAUGUCAUUGCGUUUAUGGGGUCAGCACUCUGCAUCACAAUAUGCAUCAUCUUACCUGCGGGUUUCUAUCUCAGGGUUUGCGGCGGCGAGUCCUGCAAGAAUGAUCUCUUCAACAAGUCUAUAUGUUGGUCGCUGAUUGCUAUUGGGAGCGUUUGCGCAAUUUGUGGGACUUUGUCCGCUGUGCUGGGCGGAGCUGAAACGAGCUAG